AUGCUCUUUCUGAACCUCACAGAGAUUUGUGAGCUCUAUCUUGAUGGGAUAAAUAUAUCAGCACAGGGAACUCAGUGGUGCCAAGCAUUAUCAUCUUCACUCCUACACCUGAGGGUGUUGAGCAUGUCUGGAAGCCAGCUCUCAGGUCCUUUUUGUCAGUCCUUCGCAAAACUUCAGUCUCUCUCGGUGAUUCAAUUGGAUAAUAAUGACAUCUCCGGUCCAAUUCCAGGAUUCUUCGCCAAGUUUACAAAUCUGACAGUGUUGAGCUUGAAUAAUAACAACAUUGCUGCUAUGGUUCCAAGAUUGUUUGCCAACUUUUCAAAGUUGACUGCUUUGAGUCUUCAAAAUUGCAAUCUUAAUGGAACAUUACCCAAAGAGAUCUUCCAGGUACCUACUUUACAAACUGUUGACCUUUCGCAUAAUCUACAGCUUCAUGGUUCCCUGCCUGAAUUUCCUGAGAAUGCAUCUCUUCAAUUUUUGGACCUAAGCUUCACAAAAGUUUCAGGGUUAUUGCCGGACUCUAUCGGCAACCUCAAAAUGUUGUCCUUUUUAAAUCUUUUCAAUUGCAGUUUCAGUGGAUCAAUCCCAAAGUCCAUGGCAAGCCUAACAGAAUUGGUUUAUUUGGACAUGUCAUCAAAUAUGUUUAAUGGUUCGAUUGAUUCCAUUUACUGGGGAAACCAUGUUAGUCUCCAAUCUUUAUUUUUGGAGUCAAAUUUACUCACUGGUACUAUCCCGUCAUCUAUCUUUUCUCCUCCCCCUUUGCUGGUACUGACACUUUCCCACAACCGAUUCUCUGGUCAACUCCAUGAAUGUUCUAAUGUCUCGUCCCAGUUAUCUUUGCUAGAUUUGAGUUCCAACAAUUUGGAAGGACCAAUACCUGCCUCUAUAUCUAAUUUUCAAGAGCUUGCAUAUCUUCGUCUUUCUUCAAACCAUUUCAAUUCGUUUCCUUCCAAUGGUCAUCCUUGUCAAUUUGAAGAGUUGUAUUUGGCUUUUAACAAUUUGAGAGCAGUCCCAGAUAUCUUGAGAUAUCAAACCAGCAUAAGAAGAUUGGACCUUUCAGGUAACCAGAUUCAAAAAGUACCCAAUUGGUUUUGGAGCCUCCAUUUGCUCGAUUACCUAAAUCUUUCUUCCAACUACUUGGUAACUCUAGCAGUUCCUUUUAACUAUACAAAGGAAUUCUCCACACUUGACCUUCAUUCUAACCAACUCAAGGGGUCCAUCCCACUAUUGCAUGCCAAUUAUCUGGAUUACUCAAGCAAUCAUUUCACUUCUAUACCGACUAACAUUGGUGAUUUCCUCAAUCCCUCCACUAAGUUCUUAUCUAUUUCGAGCAAUGAUUUGCAUGGGCUCAUUCCAUCAUCAAUAUGCAAUGUAAUUCCUUUGGUAAUUCUUGAUUUGUCCAUUAUUUCUCUGAGUGGUACGAUUCCCCAAUGCUUGUCUGCUAUGAGCCACCUUGAAGUGCUUAACUUGAGGCGAAACAAUCUUACUGGAAGUAUUUCUGAUUUCAAAUUUUUUGAAGAUUGUGACUUGGUGUCUCUAGAACUCAAUCAGAAUCAAUUACAUGGUCAAUUUCCAAAGUCUCUAGCCAAAUGCAGUAACUUACAGGUUGUAAACCUCGGAAACAACUAG